AUGAGAUCUACUAUUCACACACUAUUUGAAUACUCGGUUUUGAACUUCGAACACAAUCUUUGCUUUUUGGGGCAAAACAGUGGUGAAGGCAUACCAGAGAUGUUGUUACUACUUGUCCAAUGGGCUCAGAAGACAAUGACUGAAAAACUUACAUAUAGUAGUGAUAUUCAGUGUACGGUAUUGGAGAUUAAAGUGAUAAAAGACCUUGGAACAACCAUUUAUGUGGUUUUGGUUAAUGGUGUGCUUCAUGAAGGAGAUGAAAUUGUUGUUUGUGGCUUUCAGGAACUCCGAGUAAAGGGAGCUUACAUUCAUCAUAAAGAAAUCAAAGUUGCACAAGGGAUCAAAAAAACUGCUCAGGUGAUGCUAGUUUGCAAAUUGUUUCUUCAAUUAGAUAGCUGA